AUGAUAGAGACACAGGCUGUAGAGCUACUGAAGGCUGAGAGAAUCGGACAUGGCUACCAUACCGUGGAGGAUCCGGCACUAUAUAAGAGACUGCUCCAAAUGGACAUGCACUUUGAGAUGUGUCCGUGGUCAAGUUACGUCACUGGCGCGUGUGACUCAGACUUUACAAAGCAUCCCCUAAUCCAGUUUAAAAAAGAUGGCGCCAAUUGCUCUUUAAGUAAUGACGGACCCCUUCCCAUGAAUUCUUCACUGGAAACUGAUUAUAACAUUGCAAAGACUUACAUGGGAUUCAAUGAAGAGGAUUUCAUGCGGAUGAAUAUCAAUGCUGCCCGCUCUUGCUUUUUGCCUGAGGAAGAAAAGAAGCAACUGCUUGGUUUAUUGUACAAUGCGUACGGGAUGAUUGAUCUUUAACUGAUAAAUAUGAAUGCACCAAUGACCCGAGCAGCUUCAGAACACUACAACCUGAGAAUUUUAAUG